AUGUCCUGGAAGAGCACGGAAACCUUUAGCCAAAAGUCGCGCACUUUCUGGCUCACCCUCGUCCGCCUGCUGCUGCAGCUGCUGCGAUGCGUCUACCAAGGUCAGGCCAGAGCCAGUGCUACCACAGAGGAUGCGAAUGGAGGACUGGAGCUACGGGUGGCCGCGCACCGGCAACUGCUGGAGCGGCAGGCCGAGGAGUACGCCAAGGUGGACCUGCUGCACCGGCUGCUCGUCCAGCAGCAGCUGCACGAACUGGAGCAGCGCCGCCUGAUGCGAUUGGCCCUCGCCCGGCGACGUCUGCAGUUCUCCAAUUAG